AUGUCACGGACAUUGAACGCAUGUCUGCUCUUCCUCAACGUGGUUGUGAUCUCCAUGGAAGACAGCAAGGAGGUCUGUCACAGAAAUACGUUUGUUCUUGUCGCCCCUUCACAAGGGCCUUCGGCAAGAACACCCGGCAGCGUCUUGGUGUCAUCCCGAUGCAGAGCACCUAGUAUUCCUCGGGGGAUCGACUUCGCCCUGCGUUUGAGGGGAGGGAGUGCGGCAGGCGACGUGGAGGUGGUUGAGCAGCGUGUGCAGCUGCUUCUCACACCUCAUGUGAAGGCCCGAACAUCUCGACUGGACGGACUGGUCAAGGUCCAAGGAGAGGAUCAGAUUGUGAAGCGGAGGGGGAGGAUGCGGAAGGAGGACUCGACUGAGCAGGUCAAGAAGAGGCUGAACAAGCUCAACACUCUCCUCCAGAGCUAUCAGAUCGAUGGAGUGCAGUGGCUGAUUUCGCUAUAUGAGAAUGGUUUGAACGGCAUCCUCGCUGACGAGAUGGGGUUGGGAAAGACGAUCCAGGUCAUCGCAUUUCUUGCUCACUUGUGGGAAAUGAAGGUCCAUGGACCUUUUCUUGUCGUUGCCCCACUGUCUACGAUAGGCAACUGGCAGAAUGAGUUCAAACGCUUUGCUCCUGAUCUUCCUGUUCUCCUGUACCAUGGCAGCAAGGAUGAGCGCAAAGAGCUCCGGAAGCAGCAUCUCAAGCAUCGGGCCAAGGAGUUUCCGAUCGUCAUCACGUCCUUUGAAAUCGUCAUGAACGACGCAAAGAGUCUCUCGCAGUACCGAUGGAAAUACCUCACGGUUGACGAAGGUCAUCGCAUCAAGAACAAGGAUUGCAAACUCCUCAGGGAGUUGAAAGCUCUCAACGCAGGCAACAGGCUGCUGCUCACCGGGACUCCGUUACAGAACAAUCUCAGCGAGCUCUGGUCGCUCCUCAACUUUAUCUUACCGGAGAUCUUCGACGAUCUCUCGACCUUCCAAGCUUGGUUCAACUUCGAGGAAGAGCUGACGGACAGCCAGGGGGCGGCCAAGAUCAUGCUGCAGGAGGAGCAGAACAAGAUCAUCUCGAAGCUCCACGCUAUCCUCGACCCCUUCCUCCUCCGCCGCCUCAAGAGUGACGUUGCACUGGAGCUGCCGGACAAGCACGUCUACGUCCUCUUCGCCUCCUUCUCUCCCUCCCAGGCUCGCUACAACCAGGCGAUCGCCAACAACUCACUCUGGGAGCUCCUUGAAAACGUCACAGACAGCGCCAUGUUGCAGGACGAGGCGACGACGGCCAUGACGAAUCCACAGUCUUCGCUGGAGAACAUGAUGAUGCAGAUGCGAAAGUGCUGCAACCAUCCAUACCUCUUUGCCUCUCCCAUCGAUGAGCAUGGCGAGUUCGUGGUGGACGAGCGCGUCCUCGAGGCGAGCGGGAAGAUGCAGCUGCUGGAUCGCAUGCUGCGCAUCCUCAAGGAGAAUGGAAACAAAGUCCUCAUCUUCUUUCAGAUGACGCGCAUGAUGGACAUCGUCGAGGACUACGUGAGAGACGUUCGCAAUUGGGACUGUUGUAGGAUCGACGGAAAGGAGCAGAUUCAUCGCUUCAACCACAACAGCAGCUCCUUCAUUUUCCUCCUCAGCACGCGGGCUGGGGGCCUCGGCAUUUCCUUGCCUGCUGCCGACACCGUCAUCAUCUACGAUUCCGACUUCAACCCCCAGCAGGACCUGCAGGCUCAAGAUCGAUGCCAUCGCAUCGGACAGCAGAAGCCCGUCGGCGUCUACAGGCUCAUCACGCGGGACUCUGUGGAGGUGAAAAUUUUCGAGCGAGCAGUGAGGAAGAGGAAGCUCGAACUUAUGACCAUCAACCGGAAGCUCUUCAAGGAUCACCAGAAACUGCAGGGAUCAACGGACCUUUCCUCUCUCCUCAAGGGAGAGCUUGAGAUCACGCAGUCGUUCACCAAGGAUGAGCUGCAAGAGCUGCUGCUCGUCAACGUGCAGCCGACGAGGGAAGGAACCGUCUCAGACGAGAACUUGCGCAUGCUCCUCCUCGACCGCGGCGACAAGGCGCCCAAGACCAGCGGGCCAGGCUGGGAGCUGGUAGACGCAGAGACCUCGUCGUUUGUGGUGAAGGAAUGA